AUGAAAGAUAAAAAAAAUGAUAACGAAAACAACUUUAUUUUGCGGGUAUAUAAUGUACCUCCAUAUUUUACUGUCUCGAAAUUACAGGAAGUAAUAGAAGAAAACUGUUCCCCCGUUCACAUAAAUAAAAUCAUUCAACCUAGCGAGUGGGACGACGUUGUUGAUACUUGUUGGAUAAUACUGUGUAAAGAUCGCAAAACGCACUCAGCUCUGUUGGAUUUGAAGGAUAUUUGGUUCAAGCCUGAUAAAACUGAUAAAUACGGAGUUGCAAUAACCUUUGUGGCCGGUGAGAACCUAGACCUUACCUUUAUUCCAUCUAAGGCCGAUGAGCAGUUAUUGCUGAAUGAGCAUUUGAAUAGUUCAGAUAUUUAA